CUGAGAUUUUGAGAGAGUAGUCUCCUCUCUCUCUCUCUCUCUCUCUCUUUUGCUCCUCAUGAUCCGAUUUUUAUAUAUUUAAUUUUUCUCGAAAUUUAUAUGUGAUAAUUACAGAUACACGUUAUAUGUGUGUAUAUUGAUGGAGACAACAACCAUUGGAAUCUGACCCAUGGAUCUCCUCAUUUCUUCUUGAGAUAUUUUUCUCCUUAUUUUUUAUCUCCUGUGCGUUCUCGUCUCCGUCCCAGAUCUGUUCCUCAAUCUCUCCAUUGGUAAAGAUUCAAGCUUUAUCUGUUUUUUCUCUCUCUCUGGGGACGGGACGUAGCAAUUUGAAUAAAAGAGUUAGACCAGACGAAACUGCCAUGUAUUUCUUCGGGUUGUCCAAAGAAGAAGUGCUGUCACAGACGCAUGUUGGAUCAUAUAAAGAGACUAGCAAGCAGAAUCCAAUCAGCAUGGUCACUCUAUUUGGGAGACAGGUGUAUCAAGUGAAAAGUGACAGCUCCAUGUCCAGUGAUGGAUAUAAGAGAUUAAAUUCCCCUAAGCUGUUAACGAAAGAUAUCGAUCUCCGGCUUCCUGCAGAUCACUAUGCGUAUAGUAACUUUCAUGAGACACUUGGUUCCGGGAAAUUUGACGGCAUUGGUGGUUCCCGAAAUACAGUAGAAUUGGGAUAUCGUUCGGGUUUAGAAGCAAGCAUUGUGAAGGAAGCAUCAGCCACAAACUGGAGUAGCAAGAGAAAUCCAAGAAUUGUUAUUGAUCUUGAAGAACCACCUCCCUCAUGGGUCUCUCAUACAGAGAAAACAGAGCAUGCUGCAGCUUCUGUUAGCUAUGUUACUAUGAGAAAUCCUGAAACAAAACCGUCCUUCUUUGAUAGGAUCAGCUCAAACAUUCUGAAGGCAGUGGAUCAGUCUCUCACUGAGGAUGUUAGUGAUAAGAUAACUAAUGAGGAGCCAAGUUUACUGGAUCUUAAUAAUGCUCCGGCUGAUGAGUCGGCUUCCGAGCCUCAUUAUUGUUUCUUACAAGAUUUGAACUGUCCAUACAUCGAAGAAGAGACAGAAACGAGCUGCGAGAAAAGUGGAAUAGAUGAUGGUCCUACCCCGCUUUCCUCUCCUCAAUGCCAAAAUGUCCAUGAAAAAGACGGCACAGCAUCUCCAGCUUCAUAUACUUCUUGCUGCACUACUGAAAACAACUUGAGGACUGAGUCAAGAAGAAGUUCUUCCCCUCGAGCAUUGGAGCCUUCUUGCCGUACCCGGCUUGAGUUUCCCGAUACAGAAGACUUACAGGAAGAGAAUGGAUGUUGUAACGAGGAGGAGGAUUCAUCUGAAGUGAUUCAAAUGGCAGCUGAAUCAUUAGUCCACAUAUCGGAGAUUUCAUACAAAAAUCAAGACUUGCAAUUAAAGUCUGUGUCAAGAACCAACAGUUCAUCUCAAGAUCAAGACUUUCAAGAUAAACCCGAGAUGGGUAAAGCAGAACCAGGAUGUUCCUGCGAUUCAUAUGAGCGACACACGUUAGGAAUAAGCGAAACCAACACUGAAGAAGACUUCUGUGUGUCAUCAAUGGCUGUAGAUGAGCUUAAUAACAUCACAAGAGAUAACAACAAAGAGAUUGGACUCAAGCUGAGAAGAGGGAGAAGAAUGAAGAACUUCCAGAAAGAGAUACUCCCAUGCUUAACGUCGCUCUCUAGACAUGAGAUCCGCGAAGACAUUAAUAUAUUGGAAGCAGUUUUGAGAUCAAAAGAGUACAAGAAGAUGCAGGGGAAGACGAAAGACAUCAAAUUCAGAGCAAACCCAAGAAACAAACGUUCAGCGCCGCAGAGGUGCGUUGGUAAAAGAAGGCGAAAAACCGAAUGAUAUCGACACCUUCCAGGUUUCUAAUUCUUUUCAUACCAAUUGCUUCAUCCUGUAAUCUUAUAACAGUGAUUUCGAUUUAUUUGUUUUUAACUUAUGACAUUGAUUUCUGAUAAGAGAAGUUCGCUAGUGAGACGAUGACAUUCAGUUUCUCAUUCUCUCUCAAAUUGUUGUUGCUUAGCCAUC